UAGUUGUCACUAGUCCCGCGCGGUAUAGCCACACCUUCCGUCUUCUUUCCUUGCGUAGUUCAUCUCACACAAAGCAGUGAUUCAUGAUCGCCAUGUAAGUAUGCGUGCGCCCGAGUGAAGGGCUGAAGCCUUAUUAGACCGAUAAGAUGGCCUCUGCUCUGUCGGGCAGUGAGAAAAAAGACAACUUCCAGAAACUCAGUCGCCUGCUGAUAGAUGGCGGAACUAAAUCCCUGCGUAACUACUUCAGCUCAUUCUACCUUUGUACUACCCUCACAGCCUUUUUGAAUCUUCACAUAAGCACUCUGACAGGGCUUAAGGGGAAAGUCCUUAAACCUCACCAGUGGGAUAUCCUGUUCCCUAAAAGCGGCCCCCCAACCACGGCAGAGGACUAUGAUAUAACACUGUUGACGUGUUUACUGCGUAACAUCUGUGGUCUUGCUCCACCAGCUAGUACAGCCAGCUGGGAUAAGCUGCCUCCUGCUUACGACCAGACCAAGGUGGCCCAGGUAGUCAGACUGAGGCACUACAGAAACGAUUUGUAUGCUCACAUUAAAACAACAGAAGUGGAGACAGCAGAUUUCAAUCAGUACUGGGCUGAUAUCUCAGCAGCUCUUCUCUCCUUGGGGGGUAUCAGUCAGGUGGAGGUGGAUGACCUGUAUGUUGCCCCUCUAGGAGAGAUGGAUUAUGGGAAGCUUUUGGAGGAGUGGUGGAAGCAAGACAUAGACAUUGCCGAAAAGAUAGAAGGUGCAAAAGAGCAGAUAAUAUCUACCUCAGAAAAGAAUACAGAAAAGAUUGUGUAUAAAGUUGAAACAGGAUUGAAAGAGAACAGAGAGGAGAUUAAAAAGGUCGUCUCUGCAAUAGCCUCACUCCAACUUGAGUCACCAAGUAAGUGCAACAGUGUACCUUUCUUUUUAUCAUCGAUGUAGAAUUUAUUGUAGACU